AUGCUGGUCGGAAUGCGGCCCUCUAUCUUCACCCCUGUAUUCUUGCUACUUCUCUCCGAUCAAGUUCCCGUCGCCGGGCAGCUUCAAAAUGCUACCGUCGACCCUGAUGAUGGCGCGGAAAAUUCCACCCUCAACGUGCCACAACCGCUCUAUCGUCAUCUGAAGGCUGACAAGGAUGCGGUGUUGGGCUGUCCGGCGUCCGGUGAUCGUCACACUGUACCCAAUCCCGACUGCAACCUGAUCGGCCCAUUUCCGAAGGGGCAACGGUUCUUCAGCGAGCACAUCUCACCGACUUACUUCAAUUACGUCUGCCCUGCCGGCCAAAUUUUCUGCAUGGAAAUGAACGGUCGUGGGCUGGUAGACGCAGCGCAUGCGUCGAAUUUCACAGCCGAGACGUCGCUCGUCUACACGGUCAGCGCCGAGCUCGAGGAGUUGCAGGGGCAGCUGUGGAAUGGAAGCAUGCGAACGUGUCGCGGGCUCGAUGCUGACGCGUUGCGGCCGCGUCACGCCACGCUCCGGGUCUAUGAGCGCUACACUCGUUCCUCCGCCGCCACCACCAACGUCAUCUACUCGCAGCUGAUCACCAUCGUUUGCCUCUACGUCUCCAUUUCUCUGCGCUCUCUCGCUCUC